AUGUCGUUACCCAUAGUGCUUUGCGUUGUAACUGGAAAUAAAGUGUGUUUCGAACAACUUGUGCACGAGAUUUACGGAUAAAUGAAUGUUCUGUUUUAGUUUUUCGUAUUUUAUAUCGUUUUGACUAGUCUGACGUUGACCAGCCAUGUCAGACGCCCUGAAGAAGCGCAAGUCGAAGGUGCUGCGCAGCGAGAUGGGCACACCUGAGGGGAAACGCGGCCGCGGAGAAGGGGACCAGGUGAGCACUGCAGAGGAGAUGAGAGGGGUGGACAGCAUAAACAGUGGGGGUGAGGGGGUCAAGGACUUACCUGUGUACAGUGAAGAGGUGGAGCUGGAUAGCAGGGACCCAGAGGAGGACUACCAGGAAUAUAAACUAACCUGUGAAGCUCUGGCCCAACUGAUGAACGACAUCCAGGAGCAGAAAGCCAACGGCGCCAAGGAUGGGUGUACUGAGAUAGAGGAGAAGAGGAUGCAGAGCUGUAUCCACUUUAUGAGUCUGAAGAAACUCAACCGCCUGGCUCACAUGAGACUGAAGAGGGGGAGAGACCAGACACACGAGGGCAAGCAGAGAGUGGAUGUGUUGCACCUGCAGCUCCAGAACCUGCUCUAUGAGGUCAUGCACCUGCAGAAGGAGAUCAGCAAGUGUCUGGAGUUCAAGUCAAAGCAUGAAGAGAUAGAUCUUGUGAGUGUAGAUGAGUUCUACCAGGAGGCCCCCCCUGAGACAUCCCGCAGCCCCCUCACCAAGGACGACACCCACCAACUCACACUGGCCAGGCUGGACUGGGAACUGGAGCAGAGAAAGAGGCUGGCUGAGCAGUACAAGGAGUCUCUGUCCAGUAAGGAGAAGAUCCAGAAAGGCAUUGAGGUUAAGAAGGAACACCUGAGUUCUCUACAGCCUGGACUCAACGCUAUCAUGCAGGCAUCCCUCCCGGUCCAGGAGUACCUCUCCAUGCCGUUUGAACAGACCCAGAGACAGACAGAGAUCGCCCGCCACCUCCCCCCCUCUCUCUAUGUCCUACUGGUACAGGCCAGCGCUUACGGACAGGCCUGCGAUAAGAGCCUGAGUGUGUCCAUCAGUGGAGAUGUGGACGAGGCCAAAGCUCUGUCUAAACCUCCAGAGGACUCCCAGGAUGAUGAUUCUGGUGAUUCUGAUGCAGAGGAGGAGCAGGAGAAAACUAAGAGGAGGAGACCUACUACAGGUGGUCAGCUGGAUGAUAAGAGACGUGAGAUGCUGAAGAGACACCCUCUCUCCCUCUGCCUAGACCUCAAAUGCAAAGACGGCAGUGUGCUGCAUCUGUUCUUCUACUACCUGAUGAACCUGAACAUCAUGACUGUCAAGGCCAAAGUCUCCACCGCCACAGACCUCACUGGAGCUAUCAGUGCUGGGGAGCUGUUAAAUUCUGACACGCUGCUCAACUGCCUGUAUGCUAACGAUCAGGGGCGCGAGACGCCCAACCCUGCUAACCGCUACCAGUUUGAUAAAGUGGGGAUCAGUUCAUUUGGAGACUACGUGGCAGAGCUGGGUCAUCCCUACCUGUGGGUGCAGAGACUGGGAGGACUGCAGUUCCCAAGUGACGCCCCAGAGGGUGUGCAUGCAGGCAGUUCUCUGAGUGCCAGUCACAUGGAGAGCACCAUGAAGCUGCUGAGAGGACGCGUCCAGUCACGCCUGGCCCUGCACAAACAGUUCUCCUCACUAGAGCACAGUAUUGUUCCAGUGUCCAGUGAGUGCCAGCACCUGUUCCCUGCUAAGGUUCUCUCCCGCCUGGCUCGCUGGACUACCAUCACACACCAGGAGUACACAAAUCUGGUGUUCACGCAGCAUGUGUCAGAAGCAGGUCUUGCUCGGGAGACUGACCUGUUCUUCAUGGCCGUGGUGGAGAGAGGAACAGCUCGUCUUCAGGCUGCGGUGGUGUUGAACCCCCGUUACCCAGUCAUUUCUCCUCUCUUUGCUGUCUCACUCAGCUGGAAGGGGGAGCGCAGUGGACGUACUGACGACAACCUUCGAGCCAUGGAGAGUGAGGUGAACGUUUUCAAAUCGGAGCUCCAGGGGCCCCGCCCAGGCCACCAGCUGCUGACCAAUCAGGUGGCUCGUCUGGGUGUCUGUCUGGACGUGUACCUGGAGACAGACGGACAGGACGACAGUGUGGAGGGACCACGGGAGUUCCCCAGAGAGAAGAUGUGUCUACGCACUGUCAGGGGUCCGAACCGUCUGAAGCCGUUCAAGUACAACCACCCCCAGGGCUUCUUCAGUCACCGCUGACCUCUCUACCCCUCUCCCUUCACCGCUGACCCCCCGACCCCCUCACCCCAGAACUCUUACCCUACCUCAUGGCUUCUUCAGUCACCCCUGACUCCUGAACUUUACCCUCUGCUGUGCCCCUGCCCUCAUAUCCCCCAUCUCUUUUUUUAAUACACAAGUCUUGUCUGUUUAACACACUGUUUGACACAUUCUGUGUGUCGGUUGGACAAUAAAAAGCUAGUGAUCUUGUUUGGA